CUUUUGUUUUCCAUUCUUAACUACAUAUCUUACAAUUCCUCUAAAUAGAGUUAUAUAGAUUCGAUUCCAUAGUGAGUAUACAAUUCCUCUAAAUGAGGUGACCUGAUCGUGUCCUUCAUGGAGUUUGCACAUCUUAAAAUCCAGUUGAAGGAGAUAAAAAAUGCCACAAGUAACUUCAAUAACAAUGUUAUUGGAAUAGGGGGAUUUGGGAAGGUCUAUAAAGGGAUAGUAUCUCACUCUAACGGACGAAGCAUGGCAGCUAUUAAGCGCCUAGAUCGUAGAUUUGGACAAGGAGAUCCAGAGUUCUGGAAAGAGCUCAUGAUGCUUUCCCGUUAUACGCAUAAAAAUCUCAUCGCUCUCCUCGGAUUUUGUGACGAGGAUGGUGAGAAGAUCAUUGUCUAUGAGUACGCAUCUAAUGGAAGCCUUGAUCGUCAUCUUAGCUCCUCUAGUCUAACGUGGACACAACGUAUUAAAAUCUGCCUUGAUGCUGCAAAUGCACUAAGUUACCUACAUGAUCCCAAAGGCACCCAACAAAGAGUUCUCCACCGAGAUAUAAAAAGUUCCAACAUCUUACUGGAUGCCAAUUGGAAUGCAAAAGUUUCCGACAUGGGACUUUCAAAAUUUGGACCUGCAAAUCAGCAACACACUGUUCUUUUCACCAAUAUUGUAGGUACCCUUGGGUACUGUGAUCCACAAUAUAUAUACACAUACAGGUUGACAAAAGAAUCAGACAUAUACUCUUUUGGAGUUGUCUUAUUUGAAGUCUUAUGUGGGAAAUUAUGUUUUAAGUCAACCAAGGACGACUUGGAGAUCUUAGUGCCCAGCUGGAAACAAAAAUACAAACAUAAUUUACAAGAUAUUGUCUUUGAAGAUAUGAGGCCAUCAAUGAACUCCACUUCCUUGGAAAUAUUUUCAAACAUUGCAUUCGAAUGUUUGCAUGAUUCUCGCGAACAACGACCAACCAUUUCUCAGGUUGUGAAAAAACUUAAGAGGGCACUUGAACUUCAAGAACUUCACGAUAAGAAACUGUUUGAGGACAAUAUGGAGUAUAACGCCCCGAUCUUUCGCAAGCUUGAUAUGACCCGCCCUCUCUUUCCCUAUUCUGAGCAUGUUGACCCGCAAGAAGAAGAAGAGGAUGAUGAUGAUGGCUGGAUUAUAGAUGACGAUGAUAGUGGUUGGUUUGGUGGUUGAUAAUAACUUGGUAUGAAACUUAUGUAUGAAAUUUUGUUGGUAACUUUAGUUUUUUGUUGGUAACUUUAGCUUUUGGUGAUAAUUUUAGCUUUUGGUAACUUGUGGCAUUUAUAAAACUUAGUAGAUUUGUCGUAACUUUAAACUGAAACUUUGG